UUGGCGGUUAGCAGGCGACUCGGAGCGGGACACUUGAAAAUAAAAACAACCCACCACCGUAUGGUCUUGGCAGCUCCGGGAUGUCACCUAAAAGCUUUAUUGCGGGUAUAUAUAUCUCAUUCUCUCAAUAUGAGUGCAUCGGUUGACUUUUUUUCCACGAUAUAUGCUAGAUAGAGUGGGGCAGUGUCAGUGUUGUUGUCGGUAGCUACAAACUAACUAUCUCUGCUACGGGGCGUCGUUAGAGAGGAAAACAAAGGGCCAAAACAGGACAAAAUGCCUCCCAAGAAGCAACAGGUGAGGCCAAGAGCAGCCAACAUCUCCAGCUCCCUGGACCUGGAGUCGGAGGACAUCAGCCUGGAGACCACGGUGCCCACCACCGAGGACCUCUCCUCCUCCGACGAGCAACGAGACGGAUCGCAGAAGGUGACCCGCCAGCUGAUCGAGAGGAAGGAGCUGCUGCACUCCGUCCAGCUGCUGAAGAUAGAGCUUUCUCAGAAAAACCUCAUCAUAGACAACAUGAAGGCCGACCAUAUGUCCAAGGUUGAGGAGCUGGAAGAGAGGCUGAAUGAUGCUAUACAUCAGAAACAAAUGUUUGCCCUGAGACUUGACAGCCAGCUGAAACUCAAUCAAGAGGAGAACAGGAAGCAGCAGACUCUGCGUAAACAAGAGAUGGAGGCCAUCCUGCUCAGGCAGCAGCAGCUGGAGGAAACUAACCGGCAGCUGUGUGAGAAGUCUGGAGAGCUGCGGAGGUCUCUCAGGGAUCUGGACCUCCCCCAGGACAGGUACCAGGAGCUCCGUGACCUCCCUGACGACAAACUCUCCAUACAGGAAUACGUGGCUAUGCGUUUCUACGAGGUGGUGACUCCUCUGCGGGCCCAGCUGUCUGAGCUCAGUGUGAAGAGAGGAACUUUAACUGAAGACCUGGACACACACAGAACCCAGAUGAGGGCUUUGAUGGAGAGCUACGAGGAGGAGCGGCGGCUACGAACUGAGCUGGAGUUGAGGAGCCAGAGACUGACGCUGGAACUGGCCGACACCAAGCAGCAGAUUCAAGAAGGAGACUAUCGGCGAGAAAACUACCCUGCCAUCAAACGUGAGCGGGACAACUUUGAGGCAGAACUGAAAGAUUUCAAGAGAAGAUUUGAGACACUAGACCUGACUCACACUGCAGUGACCAGAGAAAGGAACACACUCAGCAAAGAGGUGGCGACAUUGCAGCAGUCAGUGAGUCUCCUGCAGAAGGAUAAGGAUUACCUGCACAGGCAGAACAUGGAGCUCAGUGUGCGCUGUGCACAUGAAGAAGACCGCCUGGAGAGGCUGCAGGUACAAUUGGAAGACACUAAGAAGGCGAGGGAAGACGCCUAUGAAAAAUAUGUAGCAUCCAGAGACCACUAUAAGUCAGAGUACGAGACCAAGUUGAGAGAGGAGUUGGAGAACAUCCGACUGAAAACCAGUCAGGAGAUAGACAACCUGCAGAGAACCUCCAGAGAGAUGUAUGAGAGGGAGAACAGAAACCUGCGUGAGGCCAGAGACAAUGCGGUGCUGGAGAAGGACAGAGCUGUUGUUGCUGAGAGAGACGCUCAGUCCAGAUACGACCAGCUGCUGGAACAAUUUCGUCAGCUCCAGCUGGGCACCGACAGCCGGGUUUCAGACCUGUCCAACCAGGCCAAGCUGCACUCCUUCGAAGCCGAGCGCGCUCAGAUGGUCAAAGAAGAGACGGCUAAGACCUUGGCCCAGUGCCAGGUGGAGUGUGAGAAACAGCAGAGGAAACUGGAGCUCCUGACCCAGGAGUUUUACCAGCUUCAGUCGUCAUCAGAGAAGCGAUUGGCGGAGCUGCAUGCCCACAAUGCCGAGCAGGCGUCUCGGCUGGAGACGUAUGAGAAGCUCGAGCAAGAGUUGGACCAGGUCACCAUGCAGGCUGCUGAAAUUGAGAAUGAGGAGGAGGCAGAGAGAGUCCUGUUCUCAUACGGCUACGGAGCAAAUGUUCCCACAACGGCCAAAAGAAGACUGAAACAGAGCGUUCACCUGGCCCGCAGGGUGCUGCAGCUCGAGAGGCUGAACACGUCACUGAGGAGGGAGCUGGAGAGGCACCAGUCACAGGCAGGACAGAUAUCUGACGAGUUGUUGGCAGCCAACCAGCUGUUGCAACAGACGCAGCAGCCCUAUAGCUACCUGAUAGAGACGGUGAGACAAAGAGACACGCAGAUCAACACACUGAAGGAGCGUCUUUCCUCGCUCCAGGACGAAGUCAGUUCUCUGAGGAAAGAACGGACUGCACUACAACAGGUGAAAAACAACAUGGCAGCCGAUCUGGAGAGACUCCUCAACCAUCGAGAGGAGUUAGCUGUGAUGAAGCAGGUCCUGAUCAGCAUGCGGUCCGGACAGGGAGAAGCUGUAACCCUAUUGGAAUCAGAUAAAGCUGCAGGGAAACACCAGUCCAAACGUAUCAACAGGACCACAGAAGAAGAGUCGCCAAACAAACCCAAACCCACUGUGUUUACAAAUAAAGAAGCUCCUAAUUGGCACCAAAAGAUGAAGCAGAAACCCAAAUGAAAAUAUUUAUUUUUAUGUUACGACUUGUUUUAUUAAUUUAUCAAGAAUUUUCCAAUGUAAAACACUUUUGAUAUACAAAAGCAGAAACUGUU